AUGGAGAAAGAAGAUUUGUCUUUCAAAAAUAUCCCAAAUAGCUUGGAGGUCGCGAGAAUAAGGGCCGAUGGGAAGAAGCGUGAUGCACUUACCCUUCUUUUCGACCCUACAAUUAAUCCAGAUGAUCAGGAUCCUAAUAGUGAUCCUGAAACCCUUGAUGAGAACGAUAGCAUUGAAUCUCAUAUUAAUGAUGAGUUUGUCAGUGUUAACCUUCCUCCUAGACUAGAUCCAUUGGAAAAAUGGGAUUCUUGCUUAGUGGGGUACUUCAUUGACAAGGGCGUUGCUUUUAACUAUAUGAGGAAUAGUGCUUUCAAUAAGAGGACUAGAGUGGCAUUUGCUAGGAUUUGUGUGGAAGUGGAUGCUAAUGCCAAACAACCACCUUCUUUCCCUGUCUACUGUGGGGAAAGACAGGUGAUUGUUAAGGUUGAAUAUCAGGGGCUCCCGGCUAAAUGCGAACAUUGUUUGGUCUUUGGGCACGACACAACAAAGUGUGUUGCUACACAAGUAGCAAAGUUAGUUAACCUUCAAAAAGAAACUGAGAAUAAUCCAGAUCUUGGAUGGAGCACAGUCAAGGCAAAGGAUAAGAGGAAAAUGGGUGAUCCAGAGCCUAUCGAGGAAGAGAUGGUUGAGAAUCUAGCUACAAAUAAUUCAGAUGUGGAAAGUGUUAAUAUUGCAGAUGCCGUUAACUCUGAUACUGCUAUGCCUCACUGCAUAGAUGGCCUAGUAGAGAUACAAAAGGAGCUGUUAGACAUUGCUAUGAUAGCUCUUCCUGGGGACUCCGAAAUUUUGGAAAAAGUGGAGAAUCUGGUCACCACUGAGGACAGCUUACAAGCUACACCUGACAACUGUUCUACAAGUUCUACCACCAAAAAAUCCUCUGGCAAGGGUAAGAGCCAGAGGAAGAAAAAGAGAGGGUUCAAUGACCCCUCUAGGCAAAAAGAAUUGAGGAAAUUUUUGAUUAAGGAAGAAAUUAAGGUUAUGGGCCAAGGUUUUCAUUUUGUUUAUGCUGAGAAUAGCCCUAUUUUGAGGAAAGAUUUUUUUGAUAAUAUGCUGAGGCUAUCUCUCUUUAACUCUGCCACCCCUUUAUCUUUUCUAGGGGAUUUUAAUGCUAUUAGGUAUAGUUUUGAAAAUUUUGGGGACUCUCUUCAGUGGAAUUGUGAGAAAGAGGUUUUCAACUCUUACAUUCUAAAUGCUAAGCUUGUUGAUUUAUCCUAUGGGGGGUGCCAAUUUACUUGGGCUAACAAAAGGACUAGGGGUGACUACAUAGCCACUAAAAUUGUUAGAGUUUUGGUCAAUGAGUCAUGGGUUGAUCAAUUCCCUACGUCUAGUGCUAUAUUUCUCCCCUCUAGUAUAUCUGACCACUCUCCAGUUGUUGUUACUGUUUUUGGCAAGGCCCCCUCUUUCAAAAAACCAGUUUGCCAGAAACUCUGUAGUCUGAAACCUAUCCUUAAAUCCUUGAACAAGAAGGAUUUUAGUGAUAUUUCUACUAGAGUCCUGGCUACUAAAGCUGAGUUGGAUUCCAUUCAAUGGAAUGUAGAUAAGGAUCCUAGUAAUAGCUCUUUUCAAAUCCUUGAAAGGAGUCUUCUUAAAAAGUAUGUGGAUCUUAGUGCUGCCGAGGAGAGCCUGGUUUCGUCUAAACCUGAGGAUGUUCAUAAUGCAUUUAUAGAUUAUUUUUCUAAGCUUUUUGGCACUCCUCCUCAAGAUCAGUAUAGGGGCUCUAGUAGAGUUCAAAAUCUUAUCCAUUCUAGAGUCACUACUGAUCAAGCUAUUAAAAUGGCUAGCCCUGUUUCUGACAAGGAGAUUAAGGAUGUUUUCUGGUCAUUAAAAGCUAAUAAGGCCCCGGGCCCUGACGGGUUUCAGCGGGCUAUAAGAGCUUUUUUUGAAUCUGGAAAGCUCAUUUCUGAAAUCAAUAAUACUACCAUUGCUCUCAUUCCUAAAAUUCCUAACUUGGUGAAAGUUGGGGAUUACAGACCUAUCUCCAGCUGUAAUACAAUCUAUAAGUGCAUUGCUAAGAUUAUUGCUAAUAGAAUUAAAGCUGUCCUCCCUGAUCUUAUUGAUCCUGUUCAAUUUGCUUUUGUUCAUGUGAGGAGAAUCUUUGAUAAUUUUUUCCUGUCUCAAGAGAUCAUGAGAGGUUAUCAUAAGGAAUCUCCUGUUCCUAAGUGUGCUAUGAAAGUGGAUAUUAUGAAAGCUUAUGACACUGUUAGAUGA